AUGCCAGACCUCGGUAACACCCCACGUACAUGGGCCGACCUUGACCCAGGCUCUGGCUGGAAAGCGUUGCUGGAGAGCGAACAUAGGGUAGGCAAAAUCAUUUGUGGACUAGAUGACCUAGGCGCGAAUCAUCCCGACGCGGCACGUGCCAAGAGGCGGGAGUACUACCAAUCGAAUAAGAUUUUCCUUCUUGACGCAGACAAAGCACCGGGAUUGGUCAAGUUCCUCGCGAGACCGAGUAUCAUGGACGACGCAGGCUGGGACAGGCUUCCCGACGGUACUUGGAAGAAGCCGUUGUCGUAUUCCCUUUUCUCGGGGGAACGAGGGAUGGAUACGGAAUCCUGCUUUGGAUGUAAUCUCCACAUACCGCUCACAAGCGCAGAUUGGGACUACGGAAGGUUGAUCUUUUCAGAUGAGCUUUCUGCGAGGUUCCCGGAAGACAGAGAAAUGAUUGCGUUCUGGUAUGAUGUUAAUAUGUAUGGCGAAGGCGAUGAAGAUGAUCCUGCCUGUCAGCCAUUGUAG